CAGGGAACAGCUAUUCCGCCCUCCCCACCCCCGCGCCGCCAGCGCCUCUAGUAAGCGCAGGAUCUGACGUCAUAAUUGGCUCCGUUAAGCGACGUAAACCAUAGAGAUGACCCUGAAGCAGAAAAGGCGGAUGUUUCAAGUCGUCUGAAAACCUUUCGGGUCCGAGGCUGUGAGCCGAGAAGAGGCUGGAAGGUCACCUACAGUAGUUCUGUCUCUGAAGCUGCCGAAAAGGAUAUGAUGUCAGAAUGGAGGCUUUGCUAGAAAGAAUGCAAAGGCGAAGACAAGGCGGUGGCUUCCUGACGUCAUGUGAGGCUGAACUGCAAGAACUGAUGAAGCAGAUAGACAUUAUGGUGGCUCAUAAGAGAUCUGAAUGGGAAAGCAAAACGCAGGCACUUGAGUCUUGCCUGGACAUUCGAGAGCAAGAGCUGUCCUCUCUUCGGAAUCUGGUGGACAUGAAGCACAAAGAGAUUGAGAGAUUGCGCCAGAAACUGGAAGAGAUGGAACAGCUUAGUCAGGAUGUGACUAUGAAAUAUGAACAACAGUUAAAGCUGGUUCAGGAAGAGCUCACGAGACUGAAAAGAAGUUAUGAGAAACUGCAGAAGAAACAAUUGAAAGAAGCUAGACAAGCUUCCAAAAGUCAUUGUGAGGAUUUCGAGAAGUCUGAAAUAGCCAUCCUGACCAGGAAACUAGAGGAGUUCCGCCAGAAAUCUCUAGAUUGGGAGAAACAGCGUUUGCAUUACCAGCAGCAAGUGGCAUCGUUGGAAACACAGAGGAAGGCAUUGGCUGAGCAGUCUGAGCUCAUUCAGUCUCAACUCUGCAAUCGGAAACAAACAUUUGAAUCUGAAGAGCUGGCAAGCCAGUCUGAAAUCCAUCAUUUAAUGAAUAAACUGGAAAGAGCCAAUGACACUAUCUGUGCUAAUGAAUUGGAAAUAGAGAGGAUGAAUAUAAGAGUGGAUGAUUUGAAUGAUGUCAACCAGAAGAUACUAGAGGAACAACAAAGACUUCAAGAUGAGCUAAGACUUUCUCAGAACUCACUGGAGGUUUUACAUGAGGAGAAGAUGGAACUUAGGGCCACACUUCUGUCUCAGGAGGAUUUUGUCAACACCUUAAAGAUUCAGCUUGAACAGUUGCAGGAGGAGAUAUCCAGGCUGACUGAAACCUUGCACCACAAAGAAGCUGUUAUCAGGUCACUGGAAGAGUGCCUGCAGAACAGUGAGGGACCACAAGAAAUCAACUAUGAUGGGCCAGAGUUGGAGCACGUACUCCUGCAGCUAGAUCAUGAACAUAAGAACAAAGCCAUUCUACAAGCUGAGGUGACUCACCUUGAGGGCAGUCUAGGAUCUGCAAAUGCAAAGUGCAUCCAGUUGAGUGAAGAGUUGACUGAGAAGUGCCUUGAGCUGCAGUUGACGAAAGAGUGCCUGUCCCAGGCCAGGACUGAGAUUAAUAAGUUGAAGGAGCAGUUGUCCCACAUGGAACAAAGUCACAGUGGUGAAUUGGAAGGAAUGAAGCAGGAGGUCUCCCAGCUAACGCAGCAGCUACACCAUCGUGACAUCACAAUUGCCUCAGCAAAUGGUUCUUCCUUGAACCUGAGUCAGCAGCUAAGACUGGAGAUUGAAAAAGCAGAACGAAAGGCAGUGGAACACAGGGCUGUCCUGUCUCAGCUGGAAGCUCUCAGACAAGAAAAUCACCAUCUCUCAGAAAUGCUGCAGAAGGUGAAAGUCACAUCUGUGACAGAACUCCAGGAAAGUUAUGCCAAGGCCCUAAAUAAAGUGGAGGCUGAGAACCAGCAACUACAGAAGGAACUAGCAGAAACUCGAAACAAACUGGAAGCUUCCUCUCAGUUCUCCCAGGAGAAAUAUGAGAGCAUUUUGCAGCAUUUGCAGCAUCAAGUGACUGACAUCAAGAAUAUAGAGGCCAGGAGAGUGGAGGAGCUGCAACGCAAGCAUGAAGAAGAACUUAAAGCUCUUUGGGUUAGGUUUGACACAACGGUUCAACGCUAUAAAGAAGAAAUCCAGAAAGCAGAGUGUUCAUCAUCUAGAAUGGUUUCAGCUGAAUUAUCCCCUAAGGUCAGUAGGGGCACAUCAACUGAAGCCUUGUCCUAUGACCCUCACCUGGGACAUGAUUCAUUGCAUCUUGGAAACAAGAAACUUACUGCGGAUGUGUCAGAAAAGUGUGACAUAUGUUGUGAAAGGGAACAUCUGUCUUUGAGCCCUCUACCUACUGCAGACAUUGGUGUGAUUGCUACCAAGUUCCUAGAAGAAGAGGAAGGACGAUCUCAGCAUAUCGUGGAAUGCUUAGAUGCACAUAUUGAGGAGUUGAAAAGGGACAGUGAAAAGACAGUGCAACAGUACACACACCAGCAGUGACAUUGCUUCACGGGGUAUGAGCCAACUUAAUGUGAGACACAUCCAGCAGUGGAUAGAAGUGUCUGUGGUCCAUGCAUCUGUUAUUGGGCUGUUCAGCUGUGAGUUCUAUCUGAAGCAAAACUCCUUAUCUGAUCAUAGUAGCUGAACUAUUGCAAAAAACUUUCUAGCUGCCGUAUUGUAUCCUGUUGCCCUGCAGUACACAGUGACACAAAACCAAUAUAUGGCUCCCUGAAGGAGGGAGUUGUGUAGCAAAUUCUGUGGAAAGAACUUAACGUAAUUGUAUGUAUAUAUGUGAAGAAAUAUCGGGGUGUUUCUCAUUUUUUAUUAUAAAAAUAAAGGCUAUCACAAUGGC